GGGGCGGUGGAAAACAGACCUGUGCAGACGUUGGGUUUUUGUUUUAGUUAGGGGCCGAAAGAUGCAUUCGAGAUAUAGCUGUUCUUCCUUUUUCGAAAAGUGGUGUGAAGGGAGGGAAGCAAAGAAUUGUUAUUUUAAGGAGGAAUUCUAGCACUCCCCCUCCCGCGUGUAGGUCGUGUAUGCGCAAGGUUUGCUGGGAACCAUGGAGAGGUUUCUGAUGCUAUUGCCGCCGCCGCUACCGCUAGUGUUGAGGCAGCUGCCUCUGGUAACCUGAUCCUGCUACCAAACAGAUUGCUGGAUGGGCUGAAGCCAAAUCAAGGGACCAGGGAACAAAAGCCGUAGGGGCUGCCUCCAGUGCCCGGGAAAGUGCACUGUUCCAUAAACUGGACAGGGUUGAACCAUGGUAGACCCUGUGCCGGAGGAGGAAAAGACAGAAGCUGAGCCAAGUAGACCUGGAGAAGAUGGAGCAGCUGCACCUGCAUCCUCCCUCCCAACUGAUGCCCCACAACUGUUCACUUCAACAUCUUCUGCCCUCCAAAGUGUACCCAGCAAAGCUGAGGGUCUGGCAAGCCAUAGAGAAGGUCAACAGCGGGAACAGUCGCCUAUGCUGCACCUGGAUCUGUUCAACUUUGACUGUCCAGAAGCAGAGGGCAGCCGCUAUGUGCUCACCAGCCCCCGCUCUUUGGAGGCCUGUGCCAGAUGUACAGUUAAACCUGUGGAGCUGCUGCCUCGGGCUUUAGCUGAUUUGGUUCGUGAGGCACCAGGCCGCUCAAUGCGGGUAGCUACAGGGCUUUACGAAGUAUAUGAAACAGAGCGCCUAGCCAAGCUACAGCAGUGCCGGGCUGAACGUGAGCGCAUCAUUAAAGAGGAAAAACGGAGACUCUUCACACCUCUGGGCUCCACCACCACAGUCACUACUGCAGGCUCCGUCCAGACUGCAGGACCAGGCAGCAGCAGUAGCUGCAGCAGCAGUGCCAGCCUCCCAGCUUCGCCUGCUCCCCGUGCUACCCAAGCUCCCCGUGCUACCCAAGCUCCCCGUGCUCCCCGCAAAUCCUCUUCCUCACCCGCCAGGGCUCGGACCAAGCCGCCUCCAGCUGCUUCCCGUUCGGGCAAAAAGAGCCACUCAUUAGAUUCUCUAUCAGGCAGGCGAGAAGGUGCCCUAAGCUCAGAAUCUGGGGCCUCCUCCUCCUCCUACAGUGGUGAUAGUCUAAGGGAGCACUGGCUGCUUCGAAGCCCAGCCACUGGUGGCCUCGUGGCAGGGUCUGCUGCUUCAGCCCCCAAUCCCCAGACUCGGCCAUCUGCCCUCACCUUGACGCCCCUGUCUGGUCGCAGCUUCAGCUUGAGCGAUCUGUGCCAUUCACCGCAGACUGCCCGCCAUGUAGAGAGAAUUGUGCGCCAGGUGCGGGAGGAGAAGGGCCUCCGUGGGUUACCAGAGCGUGACCGUAAGAUUGCUGCCCUCAUGCUGGCCCGGCACCAGGAAGAAGAGCUGCUGCGCGAACAGCAAGCGUUUGCCCAUAGCCAGUGGGAGCUGCAGCGGAAGAAAACCAUGCAGCAGCGGGAAAAAGAAGAAAAGGAGAAGCAGCGGGUCCUAGCGCAAUGCCGCCAGGCCUGGACUGCACAAGUGGAGGAGCGCCUGGGGAGGCUGGGCCACCAGGAGCGGAAGGCAGCCAGGCGGCUGCGGAGCCAGUAUGCAAGGGGCGAGGAACAGCGUCUUGAACUCCUAGAGAGGCAAGGUCAGCUUCGACUGGAGCGCGCUCAAAGGGCAGCCUUCGAGGACAGGAUGCGUAAGCUGCAGCAAGAGCACAACCUCAAACUGUGGGAGGAAGGUCGACAGAAGGAGCGGGAACGGGUUGACUACGCCCGGCGGGAGCGGGCAGAGAUAGCAGCCCAGACCAAGCGGAAACAGGACACUCACUUACAGAGGGAGAAGCAGCAGCUCAGUCGAGCCGAACGGGCACAUCAUGAAGCACUGUUACAGGGCUUGGCCCGGAAAGAGCGCAAGGAACAAGAAGGGCUGCGGUUGUCCCUGGAAGCGAGUCUGGAAAGGGCUCAGGAGAACUAUGAGCAGCUGAUGGAACAGCGAAGCCGGCAUUUGCGAGAAAGAGCGCGCAAGGAGGAAUUGCAAGGCAGGAGGGCCAAGGAGGUGGCGGAGCGCAAGGGGAGAGAACACCAGGAACACCUGGAAGCACUGGCCAAAGCGGGAGAACAGCGGAUGCAGCAUGCUACGCAGGUGGUGUCGGAGGCAGUGCAGCUGAAAGCUCGGCGAAUAGGGCAGAGUCGGCUAGAGAAGGAGCGGGCACAGCGGGCCAACAAGGAAAAGGUGGACCGGGCGGAGGACAGCCGCAGGCGGGAGCUACAGCAGGCCAUUGAGCGCAAGUGGGAGCGCAGCGAGCGCCUGUCUCGAGAGAGGCGGAGCGCGCUGGAGAAUGCCCGCUCCACUGCCCGAGCCUCCUUCCACGUACGAGAAAAGGUGCGCGAGGAAAUUAACACGCGUACCUUUGACCGGAUGGCGUUGGAAGCCAAACUCCACGCCAAUCUGGGCAAGAAAUGAUGCUUUAGAAGGAAUGACUCUAACGGGCACUCUUUCACUCACCAUCAAUGCCUCUGGCCAAGUCUUUGGUUUCUAAAGAGGAUUGGGAGAAGGGAGCACAGCGCAAGACUUCUUACUACUUCUCUCUAAGGCAACGAGGGAGAAUGCACCGAACUUUUCAUAAAGUCACCCUUAGUUUCCAAGAACUACAUUUCUUUGGGGCCCGGGAAGCUAGGGCUCAGCUUAAUUCAUGACCACUCUCAUUGAGUGGUAUCUUCCUUUGUGCUGCUGAGGGGAUUCUUGGUAAUAAGCAAAGAGAAACUGGGGAGAAAGGGUAUUCUAGCAAUCGAUAUUCCAAGUUACCCCAUCACUUUCCAGGUAAUAGCACAAAAAGCCACUACGGUACCUCCCUUCCUUUCCUCCCCUCUCCUCCCCCCCCCCCCCCCCCCCCCCCCCCCAUCCUUUCUGUGGCAGCUACUCUCCACAUCUUUCUAAACAGGGUUUUGAUUUAAGUGCUGUGACGGAGUGGACAGUAGUGAUUGUCAUUGAAAAGGACUCUUUCUAGCCCUCUUCUUCAACUUAAAAAGAAAAGUACAGGUAUAGUAUCUGAGAUAAAUUAGGAAGGAAAGCACUACUAGAAAUUUUAGUCCCACAUAAGGUUACACAGGAAACUGGAUAAGUUUUUUUCUUUUCUCUUUUUUAAUAUAGAUUUGCAGGACCUCGGAGGACUCUAGUUUUCAGAGACUUGCUGUGUUCUAUCCUGAUUGAAGCAUUCUAGUGAAAGUGGUCUAGUGGUCAGUUGACAGACCACCCAGUGUAGAAUAUGGAAAGAACUUGUAACCGAGUUACUUUAAUACUCACCAGAGAGCAGUCAUGCCUUAAAUAACAGAGCUAUCCUCAUGUGCCUGCCUUAGCUCUUUCCUGACCAUUUCUUUACUGCUCUGCCCUCAGAAUAUCAGCUCCUAGGCAGGCCCCCAUGGAAUUUGGCCUCUGUGGUGGAAUUAUGAACUCCCUGCAUAUCUGCUGGCAAAAUUGUGUACUCUGGCACCGCCAUGUACCACUUCAAAUCCAGAAUUUCUUGUCUGCAAGUGUGACAUUCAGACAACUUUGCUUUUUUUAACCCAUUGCUUAUAUUUCUUUCCCUUCCUAUGGUUUAUGGGGGGUGGGGGGGGAGGGUGGAGAUUAAGAUUGUCUGUCAACCAGACACUUCAUUACAUAGGCACUUCUUUUCCCUUCCCCCAAUAACAAAAAGAGUUUUGUUAUCAUUAUAAUAGGAGUGCCCAUACUCUUCUUAUCUUAACAUCUCUGGUUCCUUUGAAGUUAUUUAUCCAGUUUCUCUAUUUCAUUCUUUCCAUCUGCCAAAUGGAGAGAAUGAUACUUGUUUUCUAGCACCUCCAGGUCUUGAGGAUUAAAGGCACAGCACUAGUAUUAACUAUUAGUAUUGUUAGUGCUUUUUUUCUGUACCUAAGAGGCAGGAGAAGCUGUGUCACACCCUAAGUAAUGUUGGGGAUUGGACAUGUGAUAACAUUGAUAUAGGGAAGUCCUAGAUAAAGAAAUUCCCUCUACAAAUGCCAGUCAGCAUCUUUUCUACCCCUAGUUUUAGAGAAUUUCCUAAAGCAUUAAGAGGUUAAGUGACCUGCCCAGGUUAACACAACUAUGAUGUUAUCCGAGGAGAGAUUUAAACCCAGGUUUUCAUGGCUCUGAGCCAUUUGCCUUGGCUGUUUCACAUCAUCCUAAUUCUUUGCUGAGAAUAGAGACAUCAUAGAGUCCUAGAGAUAGAAGGAAAGGAAGUCUGAUUCAGGAAGCUCUUCUGCAAUAUGAUAGUUUUAUUAUCUGGCCUCUGCUUGAACAUUUCCAGCGACAGAAAACAUUUGGCUUUAAAACUAUUUAUAUAUUGUGUCUUUACAUCAUUUUGAUUUGAAUAUAUCACUCCUCUCUUGCUCAAUGAGCCAUCAGUUGUAAUACAUACCAAAAAAUGAGGGAAAAAGGCAGUUCAACAAAAUGAAUGCCAACUUGACAUUACUCACACUCUCUGCAAAGAAGGAAGAUAGCACACAAUACUUUUAUAGUCAGAUUAUUCCAUUGUUAAAAAAUAUUGGAUAAAAAUUUGCUCCCCUUUGAAAAGAACUGGUCCUUGUUCCAGCUUCCUCACAGAAAAAAUAUGGGAAAGUAUUAUUCUUCAUAUUUUAAAAAAAAUCAGGAAAAAUGCAUUUAUUGCAUUUUGGAUAAAGUAAUCAGCAUGGGUCAGAAUAGAACAUGCUGGACUUAGAUUCAGGGUUCAAAUCCCACUUUUGACAAUUUAACUGUGAUACUGGAUAAGUCACAUUUAACUAAGAUUUGUCAUAAUGAGUUGCUAUCUGCCUCAGUGGAGGGAGUUCUGGGGAGGUAAGGUACUUCCCACUAAUGAAAUCACAGAUGCUUCAAAAAUAUAGUAGGUAGACCUGUUCCUAGAAGAUUUUGGUCAAGUGCUGACAUCUAUUGACAAUAAAUGUAGGAGAAAAUUAUGUUUUCAUACUGAACUUAAGCCCUGUUGAAAUCAGGGAAGGUGUCAGUGUUCCCAACUUUGAUCUGGAAAAGGAUUUUUCAUCCAUGGAAUUUUUCCUUAUUAGAGGGCUUUAACUAAAAAGAUUCUAAUGCAGUUGUGGCUACUUACCUGCUUUUCUUUUACUGAAUAUUAAAAGGCUUUCCAAACUUUAAUGAAAAAAUUAACUCAAAAUUUAUUUUUUCUUAAGUAUACCUCU